AUGUCCAGUAAGACAUUCAAGACCGUGAAUCAGCUUACAAAGUCGUCUGAACUUUCUGAAAUGUCUCCUAACCCAGUCUGUACUCGCCACCAAUGUCGUGUAGUGGUCAAGAAUUUGACAGUGCAGAAGAAUGAUGCAUUCCUGCUACAAAAUGUCUCAUUUGAGGCAUUACAUGGCCAGUUGAUAGCAAUCGUGGGAAAGAGCGGUUCAGGCAAAAGCACACUUUUGCGUGCUCUUGCAGGCGAGGUUGAACACAGUGGUGAUAUCUCGGGGAUCGGGGAGGUUGCUUUGAUGCGGCAGAACGUUCCAUUACUCCCAGACACUCUGAGGGAGAACAUUACUAUGCAUCGGAAUUUCAGUGAGACAAUCAUCACAAACUUUUUGAAGCAGGUUGAGGGUUCCGAUCUUCUCUCACGGUUGAAUGACAUUGUGGUCAAUGACAAUGUGAGUGGUGGUGAAAGGCAGCGGAUAGGGCUUGCUCGUGCCACUAUUGGACAGCCUCAGGUUCUACUGUUGGACGAGCCAACAAGGGCACUUGAUGUGGAAACAGAGAUGAAUAUCUUUGAGCAUUUGAUGAGGUUGGCCAGGAAGCAGAACACGAUCAUUCUCAUAGUGUCGCACCGGGUGACUCUGUGUGAGCAAGCUGAUCAGGUUGUUGUGAUAGACGACGGGAAGCUGGUCCAGCAGGGCCGCCAUAAAGAAUUGAAAAGCGACAAACACGGCACAUAUUACAAUUUGCUUCAGGGAGCACGCUUUGCGAUGUUGUAG